CAUCCACAAGAGUCCCGAGCUCCCGCCCCCUCGGGCCCAGCCCGCUGCUGCCCUCAAAAGGCGGGGGCCUUGGCCUUUGUGGGUGUGGGUCCAGGCGGGCUGCCUGGAGGAAGGGGGUCUGGAAUAGUCCAGAGUGUUGCUGGAAGGCAGCAGAUGGGAGUCUGGGGCCUGCCCAGCCCACCAGGAGGCCUGUCUCAGGCCGCCUUGGUCUCCUGGUCUGCUGUCUGCCCACCUCCCCCACCCCAUACCCGGAAUCCGGACCAGUGGGCGGGCCACAGCCUGGAACCCGCCGCCCGGAGUAACCGGGCAAACAGAACUCUGUAGGACUCUGAACCUUUUCUCAGGGUGGGCCACCCGUUCUCCCCGCUGCUGCCCUCCCGGCCUGCCCGGGCUGUGCCCCCUGCCUCCCCAUGCAGCACCCCGAAUCCUUCUACGCACCCACAGCUCCCCAGGAAGGCUUCAGCCCCCGGGGCCUCAAUGACACCGAGGGGCCGGGCAGUCAGCCCGCCCCAGCCUGCACGGAGCCUCUUCCUGCUGUGGGUUCCUCCAAUCUGUAUCAGCCCCUUAACCCAGAGACAGAGGUGUUUCCAACCCCUCCGGCAGGUUUCCAGAUGGCACCCUGCGGGUGCUUCUUUGACCCCCGCAUCUACCGAAUUGAGUGGGUCACUACCGACUUCGGCCAGUCGACCCUCUACAAGCUGACGGCAGUGGGCAGUGGGGGGUCACCCGGGGAUCCGGCAGGGGGCCCCGCCUCACCAGGCACCUACCUCCUAGAGCCCCAGCCCUACCUCAAGGCUCCAGUGCCAGCCCCACCACCCCCACCCUACCCGCAUUACCCGUCGGGGCCCGAGGGUGCCCAGUACCUCAUCCCCUACUUCCCCCCCGAGGGGCCAGAGGCUCUGGGCUUUGUGGGGGAUGGGGGGCCCCCCACCUUCAUGGAGCCAGGGCCGCCCCCACCCGCCCCCAAGGAGAACAAGCUGCCCCCGGUGGUCCUCACGCCACCCGCCGAGGCCGCGCUGCCCCCUGGCGCCUACAGCCACCUCCAGGGCCGCCUCAGUCAGCUCCACGGGCCCAGCGGGCCCCUGGCCUUACCCCCCAAGGAGCCGCAGGGCAGCGGGGCCGCGCCGGCCCUGCUCCACCCGCCGGGCCCUGGGGAGCCCAAGGUGGCCGAGACAGAGGCGGCCCCGCUAGGGGGUGAGGCCGGGACCCCCGAGGCAGCCAGGGCCUUCGUGCUCCCUGAGAAGGUGCUUCUGGAAGAUGCCAUGAAACUCUUCGACUGCUUGCCGGGCACCACAGAGCCUGAGGGGUCCCCGCGCAAGGCCUCUGGGCCCGCCCUGCCGGACAGCGGGGGCGGCGGGGACGACUCGUCCAGUGACAUCCGCUCGCUGCACCUGCCGGAAGAACUGCUGUCCUUUGACUACAGUGUGCCCGAGAUCCUGGAUGCCGUGUCCAACGUGGAUGAGUUCUUCAAGUUCAAGGUGCUCGAUGAGGAGCCGGUGCCCCGCACAGGGCCGUCCACCACCAGCACUGCGGCCCCUGCCUUGCGACCCCAGCCGCCUGGCAGGAGGAAGGCUGGCACCUCGGCCACCAAGAAGGGGCGGCAGGGAGGCAGGGGCAAGCAGGCUGCGGGCCCGGCCAGCACCGCCCCCUCGGGGCCCAGGCAGGGCCUGGGAGCCGCCCCCCAUUAAAAUGGAUUUGACCUCUCGG